CCUCUCUGCUGACUGCUGAUGUGUUACUAACCCCGAGCUGAAAGCCUGCAAAAUGUUCAAUUUCGGAUCGAAACUACUUCUACUCUUUCUCCUUGCCUUUCCCUGUGGAUUAAUAUCCAUCGGCCAUGUGUCUGCAGACUCAGACUCCACUGAGGACAUUGGCCUAGAUGCUGCCGUUGACGAGGAGGAAGAGGAAGAGGAAGAUGAGGUGCUAGUGGAAGAGGAUCAGUUGCCAAACUCGGAAAUGGACGGUGACGCUGACGAUGACUCGGAAGCCGCUGAUAUAACGUCUCACCCGGAUGCCGACACAACCAUCAUCUUUGUGACUGGAGAAGAGUUCCCUGCCAAUGAAAUCGUGAAGUUCCUGGUGGGCUUCACCAACAAGGGGACUCAGGAUUUCAACGUUCAGUCUCUGGAGGCCUCCUUCCGCUACCCUCAAGACUUCCAGUUCUACAUUCAAAAUUUCACAGCUUUGCCUCUGAACACUGUAGUGCAGCCUCAGAAACAGGCCUCCUUCGAGUACUCCUUCAUCCCCGCCCAACCCAUGGCUGGUCGUCCUUUCGGUCUUGUUAUCCUCCUCAACUAUCUUGACAGUGAGGGCAAUGCAUUCCAGACUGCUAUUUACAACCAGACAGUCACCAUCACUGAGCUAGAGGAGGGACUGGAUGGAGAGACUAUGUUCAUGUACAUUUUCCUGAUUGGACUGGUGGUCCUGAUGCUCUUCGGCAUGUACCAGGUCCUGGAGUCGAGGACGAAAAAGAGAAUCCCAGUGAAAAUAGAAAAGGGCACUGGUGGGAUGAGCGACGUGGACAUCAGCUGGAUUCCUCAGGAAACCCUCAAUGUCAUGAACAAGGCAUCUCCUAAAACAUCUCCACGGAAACGAACCAAGAGGGCAGCCGGAGCGGAUCAAUAAAUCAGCCAUCACACUGUCUAUCAGACCUCCAGAGCUCACAGUCACCUGACUCCCAUUUACAACUGCUCAGUAUUCCCGGAAUCCAAUUUCCAGCUCAAGCAGUGUCGUUUGAUAUGUUUGUGUUGAACUAGCCUCUCGCCUGCACCGCCAAAGCUUUUUGCUCCAUCCUACCAUCGAGCAUCCCUGGACACUAAUGCUCCGGUCAGAGCGGGAACACUUAGACACUACUUCUGCUGGACACUGGCACAACUGAACUGUGUUCACUUUUUAAAGGGAUUUUUUUUUUUUUUUACCAGUAUGUGUGUGUGUGAAACUUAAUUUUAAAUACAGGAAUUGACUCACUGUGCAAACUCUGAAAAACAAGGGGUUGCGAUAAAUUUUGACCCCAAAAAAACACAGCUGGAAUAUUUCAGAGGCAGAUUCGGUAACACCUCUUUGUCUGUGUGAAAGCUGUGAAGUCACAAGGGUACACUGCAGUUUAAUGGCAUUUUAUUUGGGUCCUCGCAAUCUGCCUCAGUGUGGGAUUGAGUGGACACAUUCAAAACACCAGAUGAGAUGGAUCCUGCUAACAAAUUCCUUCCAGACUUACAUAAAAACACCAUCGAGCCAUAUCAGCACUGUAACGGCGGUGGCCUGAAAAUACCUUCCGUCAACAAAACGUAGAAACAGAUGGUUCAUAUUUUUUUCUCACUGGUGCUCAUGUAUUUUUAGUAUUCAGCAACAUAUUUCUAAAGUUUCGUUUCAGUCAGGGCCAAUGGCAGCUGCCAAUCACAAGCACAAUUUAAGCAGAAAAUUAGUUUGGUUUCUGUGGGACACUCACCUGUUUUGUAAGAGGCUCAGCAGAGCAUUUUGAACGUUUGUCUUGUUCAAAUGGUACAAAAUGAUCAAGUGUGGCUUAAGGUGCCAUAUUAUCAGAUCGCCACACCACAAAGAAUAAAA